AUGGCUGCCACUGACAAACUUGCCGAAGAUCCUUUAUAUUUGUUCAAGAGAAUAUUCUUGAAGAUCGACAAAGAUAAGAAUAAGAAAUUAGAUAAAGAAGAAGUUAGUCAGUUUAUGGCUUUGUUCGCUGGUGAUCUCGGUGAAGUUGAUAUCGACGCCGCUUUCAAGGAAAUGGACGUGAACGGCGACGGACUCAUUGGAUUCGGCGAACUUAUGCAUGCUUUAGGUCAUUAA